CCUUUGUUUGGUUUUAGGCUAGCUAGCGAGCGAGAUAACGUCUGUUUUUGGGACAUCGCUAGCUAGCUAGCUGUCUAUCUUUUCUAGCAGACUUAACACAUACUAUGAUAACACUGACACGUAUGAAUGCCUUAGAAGUCUUGAAAAACAAUGGCUCCACUUUCGUAUGUAUUUAUCAGCUAUUGUUAGUUAGCUAGCUCGUCUCACGCUACGUGUGGUAGCUAGACAAAUGGCUAGCUGAUUGGUCAGCUGAACUGUACGCAGUUACAGCUUCUAAGCAAUCAGUCUUUCUCCAGUACCAUCCGCUAGCUAUCUACCUUUGCCGAAUACAAAACAUCAUCAACUCCAAGCCUACAUACAAUGUUAUCUGUCAUCAAAUCGCAUUCAGCUAUCUAACCAGCGUUAAGGUUCAAUCAGCUGUAACCCACAGCAUCUUCCCAGUGAUGUGUAAAGCCCUCUAGCCCAAUCUUCUUGGCAGUGUGUGGAGUGCAGAUGGGGAAGUACUUCUGCAGUGAGACAUACAUCCUGAGUGGCUGGGAUCAGGUGCUGAUGGCCUUCUGGCUGCGCUACCCCAACCCCUUCAGCGCCCAUGUCCUGACGGAGGACGUGGUGUUCCGGGAGCUGACCGCAGACAGGCGCUUGUUGUCACGGCGACUGCUGACCAAGACCAAUCGCCUUCCUCGCUGGGCGGAGAAGGUAUUUCCAGCACACCUGUCCAGGUGUGUCUACAUUCUGGAAGAUUCUGUGGUCGACCCCCACACACACCAAAUGACCACAACCUCCUGGAACCUCAACCACAACACCCUGAUGACCAUAGUGGAGAGGUGUGUGUUUCAGCAGGAGGCUGAGAAGACUCACCUGAGGAGGGAAGCAUGGAUCUCCUCUGGAGUCUACGGGCUCUCCAGACCUAUCCAGGUACACACACACACACACACAGCAUGGAUCUCCUCUGGAGUCUACGGGCUCUCCAGACCUAUCCAGGAGUUUGGCCUGGCCAGGUUUAAGAGUAAUCAGAUGAAAGCUGUGAAGGGGCUGGAGUACGCACUCUCUAAACUGCAGAAGAUGCCCCCCUGUCUCCUUGGCGACCAGGAAUCAGAGAAGCCAAAGUCCCUGCCGCCUUCAGCUGCCUCCACUACCCAGAAGCCUCAGCAUUUCGCAUGACCCCUGACCCCAACACUUCCUGGUUACACGCCUCUUUAU